UUGGAACCAAUGGGUAACCCUCCCAAUUUCCUACUCGGACCUCCCCCGAGACGCUCAGCUCACCAUAACAAUCUACGACUGUGCAGGCCCAGGUCGCCAAGUCCCAGUGGGUGGAACGACAAUCUCCCUCUUCGGCAAGUACGGAGUAUUCCGCCAGGGGAUGCUGGACCUGCGAGUGUGGCCUGGGUUCGAGGCAGACGGUAACGUUCCCCCCUCGACCCCAGGGAAGGCCAGAGACUCCGGAAAAGAGCAGAUGCAGCGGCUGGCGAAACUCGCCAAGAAGCGAAGAAACGGCCAGAUGAGCCGAGUGGACUGGCUGGACCGGCUGACCUUCAGGGAGAUCGAGCUGAUAAACGAGCGUGAGAAGAGGGCCUCCGAGUACCUCUACCUCACCGUCGAGUUCCCCGAGGUAACGAUGGACGGAGUGCCCCACUCAAUCGUCUACUACGAGAAAGAUGGGGACGAAGUGGUCCAGCAUCGCUCCCAGCCAGACGUGGUGACCCUCCCCGACUACGAGAUCCUCCAGGAGAACCUGGUGGAGGGUAAACACCACAAAUUAGCCCGCAGUCUUCGCUCCGGAGGGAACACGAGGGACGUCAAGCCCACUUCGACAGUCCGAGACGCCCUCAACACGAUCCUGGGCUAUCCCCCGACGACAGCCCUCUCGACAGAGGAGCAGGAUCUCAUCUGGAAGUUCAGAUUUCACUUGUCUAAUCAGAAGAAGGCCCUGACCAAGUUCGUUAAAUGCGUCAAUUGGAAGAUGCCUGGGGAGGAGAAGCAGGCGUUGGAGAUGCUGGCCCUCUGGACCCCUCCGGACCCUGAGGACGCUCUGGAGCUCCUGGGGCCAGCCUUCACCCAUCCUGCCAUCAGGAGGUACGCCAUUGGGCGGCUCAACCAGGCGCACGACGAGGACCUCAUGCUUUAUCUGCUGCAGCUGGUGCAGGCCCUCAAGUACGAGAACUUCGAGGGGAUCAAGCUGGCGAGCCAGAGGAUAGCCAGGGAGUCUGAGAGGGAGAGGGAGGGGAGGAGUGUCAGUGUGGAGUACACUCCCUCGGGGAUAUCCACUUCCAGUGACUCGGAGGCUUGUGUCUCGACGACCAGCCAGGAAUCCCCAAUGGAUCUCUCCUCAUUUCUCAUCACCAGAGCCUGUCAGAACUCUACUCUAGCUAAUUAUUUCUACUGGUAUCUCUCGAUCGAGUGCGAGGAACAGCCGGAUCCUGCCAUCACUGUUAAACAGGACACCAGGGUCAGGGAGAUGUAUCUCACUGUCAUGAAGAUGUUCUCGACUGCUUUGGCACAGGGGAAUGCUGUCUGGCAGAAGAGGAGGGCUUUCCUGGCCAGGCAGAAGACCUUCAUUGAACAGCUGGUGGCCUUGGUGAAAAAUGUCGCCAGGGAGAGUGCGAAUAGGAAGAAGAAGACUGACAGGCUCAAGGCACUUCUUGCUGAACCUGAUCCUGCCUCCAAAUUUAAUUUCUCGAAUUUCGAACCCAUACCCUUUCCACUCGAUCCAGAGAUAUCCAUCAAGGGAAUCAUCCCUGAUAAGGCUAGUUUAUUUAAGUCAGCUCUCAUGCCAUCGAAAUUAACAUUCCUGACGACUGACAAUACGGAGUAUAUUGCCAUCUUCAAGCAUGGAGAUGAUCUGAGGCAGGACCAGUUGAUUUUACAGACCAUUGCGCUGAUGGAUAAACUCCUGAGGAGAGAGAAUUUGGAUUUGAAGUUGACUCCAUACAGGGUAUUGGCAACAAGUACAAAGCAUGGAUUCGUCCAAUUUAUAGAGUCAACAACAGUUGCAGAGGUUUUAGCCAGUGAGGGAUCCAUACUAAAUUUCUUCAGGAAACAUCAUCCUUCGGAGACUGGUCCUUAUGGGGUAGCACCUGAAGUCAUGGAUACUUACGUUCGCAGUUGUGCUGGUUAUUGCAUCAUUACGUACGUCCUGGGAGUUGGAGAUCGUCAUCUGGACAAUUUAUUAUUGACAACAUCAGGGAAAUUAUUUCACAUAGACUUUGGCUACAUCCUGGGAAGGGACCCAAAACCCCUCCCCCCACCCAUGAAACUCAGCAAAGAGAUGGUGGAAGCCAUGGGUGGAGUGGGCUCAGAGCACUACCACGAGUUCAAAAAGCAAUGCUACACUGCCUUCCUCCACCUCAGGAGAAACGCAAACCUCAUGCUGAAUUUAUUCUCCCUCAUGGUGGACGCCAGUGUCCCUGACAUCGCCCUGGAGCCAGACAAGGCAGUGAAAAAGGUCCAGGAUAAAUUACGACUGGACCUGAGCGAUGAAGAAGCUGUGCAUUAUGUUCAUAAUCUACUGGAUCUCUCGGUUACUGCUGUCAUGGCUGUUCUCGUUGAACAACUCCACAAAUUUGCGCAAUACUGGAGAAAAUAAAUUGUAAAUAUCUCUAAAAAAAUUGAAAUUUUUCAUUUUUUUCAUAAUAAAAUUAAAAAUUAUGAAGAGAAUCAAAAAUUUAUUCCUUUGUAAGCAAGGAAGAGGAAAUUAAAAUAUCCAUUAUUCAAUCGUCAAUAUCUCGAGAUUGGCUGAGUGAAAUUGAAUGUUGUUUUUGUCUUUUCAAAGGUUUCUUUUCAGACUUCAAAAUGAGCCUUGAUUUAUUCAAAUCGCAUCGUCUAAUCCGGAGAUAUUGAAGAUUUAAGAAAGGUUUAUUUUAGUUAAUCUUCCCCUAGCAUAACUCAUCAACAAGACUGUGUUCCAUAGGACUUAUGAAUAAUGCCUGCAAUAUAUUUUGGGAUUGCCUUUUUAUUUCGAUAUUAAAAUAUUUAAUCCUAA